UUCUAACCUCAAUCUCCGUUUUAGAGGCUCAAUCGAGAUGGAUUUUCUGUGAAGAUUUUGUGAGAAUAAAUAGUGAAAAUCAUAAGAAAAUGCUACAUUCACUGCUAAAAUAUCGUAGCCUGUGGUCUUCCAAGUAUCUAGGUGUUGUCCUUUCUGUGCGACAUUACAGUAAUUUGAAGAAAUCAUCAAAUGCAGUUGAACUCCUUGAAUCUUGGAGACAGAAGUUCACUGAACUUCAAAUUCCGGAAGUCAAAUCUUCCCUAGAUAACAUCCUUGGGUGUGUCCUUAAGCGAAGAAAGGUGUAUGGUUUGAGCGAGAGACGAGAUUUAAUUCUUACCCAGGAAGAAGUGAAUGAAUUUAACAGACUCUGCCACUGUCGUGAGGCACGUAUGCCAAUCCAGUACAUUGUGGGUGAAUGGGAAUUUCGUGAUCUUCACCUAAAAAUGCAGCCACCUGUUUUUAUUCCACGUCCGGAAACAGAAGGACUUGUUGAGUUGAUUCUGAAGAAAAAUAAAUCAACAGAGUUUGUGAGAUUUUUAGAGAUUGGAUGUGGAUCUGGAGCUGUAUCAUUAGCACUCCUUAGUGCAUUACCCAAUGCAAAAUGCAAGGCUGUAGAUCAGAGCAGUAUGGCUUGUUUCCUUACACUCAAGAAUGCCAUCAGUUUGAAGCUCUCAGAUCGCAUUUCUGUGUCCCAACAUAAAGUAACUGAUGAAAUCAAGGAUGAGGACUUUUGUGAGAAGUUUGAUUUUAUUGUAUCAAAUCCACCGUAUGUUCCCACACGAGAUCUCCUCAAAAUUGACCCAGAGAUACGAUUGUACGAAGACUUGCGUGCUUUGGACGGAGGUGAAGAUGGGUUGAAUGUAAUAAAAUCCAUCCUAAGGGUUGCAUCAAAAUUCCUCAAGGAUAACGGAACCAUUUGGCUGGAAGUUGAUUCAUCCCACCCUCAAGUCAUUGAAGAAUAUCUCAAUAUUCAUCACAAGACGCUACAAUUAAAAUUCCUAUCCAGCCAUCGAGAUAUUUUUGAUAAGGAGCGCUUCAUUGAAAUCAGAAGAGAUCUCUAAAGACAAUUUGUUCAUACAUCAGUUCGUUUUAUUCUUAUUUCUUUUUUUUAUUUACAAGAAUCAUUGCAAAAACUUUUUUUUAGGGUAAAUAAAAACAACUACAUACGAGACCUAA